AUGGCGACCCUGCCGGUAGGGGAGGACAAAUGGCUCGACUACGUCACUGAGAAUAGCCGACACGCCAACGAUUUGGAGAAGCGCGUUCACGUCAUCGAGCUCUUCAAGCUUGCUGUCGAGGCCGAACCGAACAGUGUUCGCGUCUGGCGCGCAUACUGCGACUACUUCUGGUCCCUCUACAUCGCUAGCCAGUCCUACGAGUCGGGAUGGUCAGACGAGGAACGCCACAUGGGCUGCGAGCUCUUCUCUCUCAACGCUGCCCUCAGCCUCUGGCAGCAGGCCUACGAAGCCAUCCAGUACCGUAUCAGCGACAGCCACGAGCUGUGGGAUCAGUGGAUCUCUCUGGAGAGCGGUCUUCUCGCCCGCUCGCGCACCGCCGAGGGCAUCCGACGCAUCACCUACCUGUACACCGAUCGCCUGCAGGUUCCACAUGUUACCCGCGACAACACCGCGCAAGCCUUCUCCGAGUUUCUGUCGACUUACAACAAGGCUGCCUGGGAGGAGACGAUGCAGAGCAUAACCGCCAACCCUAAGUCACAAGAGGCCAAAAAGCUUACCGAAGAUCGCGACAUGUUCGAAUUGAAACUGAAGGAGGCCUCCCGCGAAGGGAAAGACGAGGUUUACCGCAACCUGCUCAAGGAAUAUCUCGAAUGGGAAUGUGCCCAAAGCAAGCGGAGCAACAAGCAGGCUGAGGCUACUGGCGAUCUCUGCCGGGGUCUCUAUGCCAGGGCCUUGACCGGCGUCUUUGCCUUCGACGACACCAUAUGGAACGAAUACGUCCGCUUCUUGUCUACAUCUGGCACUUAUGCCCAGUCACCGCAAGGAAUGGUGGAUGUGUUACGGCGGGCCGUUGAUCACUGCCCUUGGUCGGGCGCAAUCUGGUCGCGCUAUAUUCUGACGGCCGAAGACGCCAAGCUUCCCUUCAAUGAAAUUGAACAAAUAAAGCACAAGGCCACCAGCAACCCCGAGCUUUAUAAGAACGGCAUGGCCGCACUUCUCGACAUGUACGCGGGCUGGUGCGGGUUCCUCAAGCGCAAGGCCAUGGAUCUUAACGCCACCGAUGAGGAUGUUGACAUUGCCGACAUGGGACUGCGCGCCGCCCUUGAGUUUGUCGACCAGGCCAAGCACCGCUACGGUGACAGCUACAGGGGGGACCCCAACUUCCGCCUGGAGCGCAUCUAUAUUCAGUACCUGACGGAGAAGAAACGCAACGUCGACGAGGCGAGGAGCGAGUGGCACAAAUUGGCAGAGAAGCAGCUGUAUGCCGACAGCUAUGACUUCUGGCUCAACUACUACUUGUGGGAAAUGAUGAUCUUCGCAUCCAACGGCAAGGACCGUAGCCCUACGCCGUCCACUGCCGCGAUCGGCUUGAGGGUGCCGUCGGUGGCUACGGCUGUGCUUGGACGAGCAAUCAAGAGAAAGUCACUGGACUGGCCCGAAAGAGUCAUUGACGUCUACGUUCAGCACUGCAAUGACUAUGAGCUCCCGAGCACGGUCCGCAUCGCCAUCGACACAGUCUACGAAACCCGCAAAGAAGUGACAAAGCGGCGAGAGAGGGAGGCAGCACAGGCCGCAGAAUACUAUGCAGCCCAGGCCCAAGAACAACAAGCAGCCCACGCAGCCCAAACGGUAGAUGCCGACUCGACUUCCAGCUCCAAACGAAAGCGGGAAGAGGAAGCCGAUGCGGCCGAUGUGACGUCCAGUAAGAGACCAAAAAGCGAAGUCGCGGAGGCGGACACGGCACUCAAGCAGCAGAGUCUGAAAAGAGACCGAGAAAAUACUUCGGUGCUCGUCAGCAACAUCCCUGCUGAGACCACCAAAACCAAGAUCCGGCAGUAUUUCAAGGAGUACGGCCACAUUGUCGACGUUACAGACCCAGCCAUUGACCCUCAAGACAACACCCAGACAGUCAUGGUAGAAUUCAGAACUCCAGAGGAAGCGCAGUCAGCACUGCUCAGAGACGGGAAGUACUUUGGGACGGCCCAGAUUAGCGUGCAGCCCGGCACUGAUUUAACCGUCUAUGUCACCAACUACCCACCGACUGCGGACAAGGCAUACAUCGGCAACCUCUUCAAGGACUGCGGCGAGAUUCUAGGCAUCAGAAUGCCUAGCCUGAAGGGGAACGUUCGGCGGAGAUUUAGCUACGUCACGUUCCGUGACCGUUCUGCUUCGUCCAAAGCCACACAGAAACACGGUACUGUUCUAGAAGGAAAGUUCAAGCUGAUGGCCAUGUACUCCGACCCGACCCGUGCGAAAAAGCGCGAAGGAGCGAUCGAGGAAGGUCGCGAGCUGCACAUUACCAACCUGGACCCUUCGGCCGUCGAAGACGACGUCCAAAAGGCCUUCUCGAAAUACGGUACCGUGAAGCGCAUCAGCAUCCCGCGGAAUAAGGCCGGCAAAGGCCAUGGCGCGGCAUACGUUGAGAUGGAAACCAGGGAGCAGGCCAGGACUGCUGCUUCCGAGCUCGACAAGGCUAAGCUGCGCAGCAGCAUCAUGACCGUACAGAUCUCCACGCCCAGCAACUUCAAGAGGACGGCGGCCGUCUCGAAAGAGGGCGCCUCCCCUGCCCCAAGUCGCGACGAGGAGGGCGAUGAAAUGAUGGCAGACAGCAAUGGCGACGGCGUCGCCCGUCAGGCUGGACCCAGCCGGGCUGAGAUUGCCUCGCGGACCAUCGCCCUCCUGGGCAUCCCCGACACGGUCAACGAUGCACGAGUGAAGGAAAUUGUGGACAAAGUUGGCGGCUUCAAGAGCCUCAUUCUGCAACCCAGUCAUGGCGGCGCCAAAAUCGAGUUUGAAGAUGAACCCAGUGCUGGCCGCGCAAUGCUCCAGCUUGAUGGUUACAUCUUGGACGGCCGCAAACUACGCACUGGGUCCGUCGAGAAGCUCAAGCAUUCCAAGGGGGAGAUUCGCACAGAAAAGAUCGUCUACGGUGUCGGUGGGAAGAAGCAGGCCGACAAACGUGCAGCAUCCAAGAACACCGACAGUGGUGCUCCCUUCGUUCCGCCAUCCACCACCAUCAAGCGGCCAGUGUUGGGCAACAAGGGCGGUGCUAAACGAGGACUGGGCUUCAUGACCAAGGCCGUGAGCGCGGGAGGGAGCAGGCAGGGAGAGGCAGCAGCCUCACAACCGGAAGCCAAGGUUAACGGUGCUACCGGUGGCGGGGAGACUGAGGCUAUGAAACCAAUGAAGAGCAACGCCGACUUCAAGGCGCUCCUCCUGGGUGGUACCAUUACUGCUGCUGCUGCUGCUGGUGCUGCUACUCCAGCGGCUGCUACAACAACUACAACUAAUACGUCCAAAGAAGAGGGCGUGGGAAGGAAUGGCAACGGCCAGGCUGGGCAAGGCCAUAAUUAA